AUGUCACUGCAGAUGGUAACAGUGGGUCAUAACAUAGCCUUAAUUCAACCAGGCUUCUCACUGAUGAAUUUUGAUGGUCAAGUUUUCUUCUUUGGCCAAAAAGGCUGGCCCAAGAGAUCCUGCCCUACUGGAGUAUUCCAUUUUGAUAUAAAACAAAAUCAUCUCAAACUGAAGCCUGCGAUUUUCUCUAACGAUUCCUGCUACCUCCCUCCUCUUCGCUACCCAGCUACUUGCUCGUACAAAGGCAGCAUAGAAUCUGACAAGGAUCAAUAUAUCAUCCACGGAGGGAAAACACCAAACAAUGAGCUUUCCGAUAAGAUUUAUAUCAUGUCUGUGGCUUGCAAGAACAACAAAAAAGUUACCUUCCGGUGCACAGAAAAAGACCUAGUAGGAGAUGUCCCUGAAGCUAGAUACGGUCAUUCCAUUGAUGUGGUAUAUAGUCGCGGGAAAAGCAUGGGUGUUCUCUUUGGAGGACGGUCGUACAUGCCUUCUACCCAGAGAACCACAGAAAAAUGGAAUAGCGUAGCUGACUGCUUGCCCCGUGUUUUCUUGAUAGAUUUUGAGUUUGGGUGUGCUACAUCAUACAUUCUCCCCGAACUGCAGGAUGGGCUGUCUUUUCAUGUUUCUAUUGCCAGAAAUGAUACCAUUUAUAUUUUAGGAGGACACUCACUUACCAAUAACAUCCGCCCUGCCAACCUGUAUAGAAUAAGGGUAGAUCUUCCUCUAGGUAGCCCAGCAGUGAACUGUACAGUCUUGCCAGGAGGAAUCUCUGUCUCCAGUGCAAUCAUCACUCAAACAAAUAAUGAUGAGUUUGUUAUAGUUGGUGGUUAUCAACUGGAAAAUCAAAAAAGGAUGGUGUGCAACACUGUCUCUCUAGGGGACAACAAGAUUGAAAUUAGUGAGAUGGAGACCCCAGACUGGACCCCCGAUAUUAAACAUAGCAAAAUAUGGUUUGGAAGCAAUAUGGGAAAUGGGACUAUUUUCCUCGGCAUACCAGGAGAUAAUAAGCAGGCUAUGGCAGAAGCAUUCUAUUUCUAUAUGCUGAAAUGCUCUGAAGAUGAAGUGAGUGAAGAGCAGAGAGUCUUCACAAACAGUCAGACAUCAACAGAAGACCCCGGGGACUCCACUCCCUUUGAAGAUUCAGAAGAAUUUUGUUUCAGUGCAGAAGCAACCAGUUUUGAUGGCGAUGAUGAAUUUGACACCUACAAUGAAGACGAUGAGGAAGAUGAGUCUGUAACUGGCUACUGGAUCACAUGCUGCCCAACUUGUGAUGUGGACAUCAACACUUGGGUUCCAUUCUAUUCAACUGAGCUCAAUAAACCUGCCAUGAUCUAUUGUUCUCAUGGAGAUGGGCACUGGGUGCAUGCCCAGUGCAUGGAUCUGGCAGAACGCACACUCAUCCACUUGUCAGAAGGAAGCAACAAGUAUUACUGCAAUGAACAUGUGCAGAUAGCAAGAGCAUUACAAACUCCCAAAAGAACCCUGCCCUUACAAAAACCUCCAAUGAAAUCUCUCCACAAAAAAGGCUCUGGGAAAGUUCUGACUCCUGCCAAGAAAUCCUUUCUUAGAAGGCUGUUUGAUUAG